CCCGGCUAAGGAAGCAGUUGACAAGAUGGCGGCUGGCAACGUCGAGGCCGUCGACGACGCGAUCCUGCAUCGCCGCGCGCGCAAGCGCAAGAACUCGCGCGCGUGGCGCAUCAAGCACAAGGACGCGGUGCAGUCGCUGCGCCAGACCGCCGACCUCCUCGAGCGGCAGGUCGCCGACAUGCGCAUGGUGGCGACGACGAGCAAUGCGUCGAGCCUCGCGCAGCGCUACGAGACCAUCGUCAAGGUCAAGCACGGCCUCAUCCAGCAAAACGCGCUGCUCCAACAAGCCCUCGAGCGUCGCAGCGCCCUCUACACACGCUCAAUCACGGCGCUCAUGGAGAUGGACGUGGACAACUCGCGCAUCUACGACGACCUCUUCCUGUACACGGUGCUGCAGGCGACGCAGCGCGACGUCGAUAGCAACAUACCCAGCGCGUUCGGGCACUCGCCGACGCCGCCGCAGGUCGUGCGCGGCUGGCUCGCCAACAUGGGCCAAGUCGACCAAAAUACGUACUACGACGUCCGCAAAGUGCUCGGCGCGAACGCCAUGACGAGCCUCCGCGACGUCGGCGACUACCACUGGCGCGUCCGGAACGACAAGGCGGCGUACAUGCGCCUUCAAAACAUUGCGCAGGAUUUCCAGAUCUUGCGCCAGUCGCAGUCGCUCAGCGUCUCUCGGAGCGUGCUGCAGAUCGGCCCCAACCUCGUCGUGCGCAUCAUGGUGCAGUACCAAGUGCAGCUCUCGAACGGCUUUGACUAUUGCUUUAUCAAUUUGACACCGGACCUCAACUCGCUCACGACCACGAUGCGAGUGCGGCUCGAGGUUGUCGAUGGCCACGUCGUCGUCUCCGCGACGGGCAAAGCCCAAGGUCCGCACGGACCCGCGCCCCAGUAUACCAUGUCGUACGUCAUCUCGGAAAUGUUGCACUGGGAAGAUCUUCUGCGGUCCUCUGGCUCUGUCGUGUGGCACGACGACGUCAAGCUCGAGGCGCCGUAGCCAGCAUUAUCUAACGUUAUUUGAAUCCCCUCCUCGUUGUCGUCUCGCGU